CUCUCUCUCUCUCCCAGUCACAGCACCUCACCAUGUGCGGAUGUUUUGCCCACAACCUAUAUUAUUCCCUGCUAAGUAAAAAUCUAAGGCCCAUAUAACCAAAAGUCACCACAGUUACUUUUUUUAUAGUAAUUAAAUAUUAUUAAAAGGACUUAUGAUAGUUUAAUAGUUAAACACCCAAUUACUUGUUUGAAACCUACUUUACUAAAAACUCUAACUUGAAGAUGUUCUCUCAAAAGCUACAUUAGAGUCAAACUAGUCCAUUGCGAUCGCAAUCGGCAUGAAUUGGGCAAAUAUCUACAUUAUUGAUUUUGUUUAAUUUUGACAACAUUAGUUGCUAUACAAAUGACAUUUUCUCGCUCUAUUAUGUUAAUAUAUACUAUUGGAUUUAAAUGCAAGUCUUUAUUUAAUUGGUUGUUGAGAUUUGAUCAACAUUAGCAUCUCUUUAUAAUGGUUGAUUAACAUAUAUUUUGUUCGCCGUUCAAUUAAUUAGUAGGUUCUUUUUAAAAAAAGGGAAGUAAGUUUGUCCUCAAUAUUAUUAUGAUAACAAUCCACAAGUUAUAAAUAAGAUUAGGGAAAAGGAGGAUUGUGAACAAAUAUUCUUAGUGGUUAAAGCUAAACAAACUUCUUCAUUAUCUUCUUCAUACUUUGUUACAUAAAUGCGAAGGUGCAACAAAAGAGAAGUACUAUAGAACACCAUAUUGGGGCCCCCAAUAGAAAAAUGAAAAACCCAUCCAUUUCUCACGCCACAAAAUUACUUAUUGAUCACUCUUUUCAUCAAAUGUCAUUUCCUCUUAGGCUUCGUUGAAAUUGCUUUUCUAAACUCUUCUAAAACAUACAACAUGAUUGGUUUUGUAUCGACUUAUGAUUAUAAUUCUCCCUAUCACAGAGCAUGUCACAAUCUUACCGUGAGCAACUCGAUCAAGGAGCAAAUCAUCAAGCCAUCAACAACAAAGAGAGGCAAAGGAGAUUAAGAUGGAAUCAGUUAUAUUCGAAUAUAAAGGGUGAGUCCCAAUGAGCAUGAGAGCCUAGGACAAUUUCGUCAUUGCAACCAAACACUAAGCUAACCAGCUAAAUUAGUAUAAGUGAGGUCCUUAUCCAUAAUUUUUUGCAUAAUCACUAUGAAAACGGGUAAUGGAACACUACUGGAAUAAGGGAAUCAACAUAAAAUACUUCAUGAUUCAUGAUUUAUGCAAAGUUAUAUUUUGAUUUCAAGAGUCAAAUUGCUUCGGUUCCCUCCUCCCUCUCCCAAACGUUAUAAUUAGGAAAAAUGUAUCAUCUUGAGACAUUGUGCUACAAAAUGCUUCAUAUUAGGUAAUCUAAACGACCGAUAGAUAUUCAUCGCAUACACAUAGACCUUUCAGCCUAUUUUCGAUUUUAAUCCCUAAUAUCAUGAACGCUGAACAUUGUUCAUGUUUUAUCACGGAAGCAACAAUACAACCCAUUUCUUAGGCAAUAAAGGACAUCAAGCCACCAUAGAUAUUCAUUCUUUCUAUUGUAAUAAUUCGAGUUUUCAGUCUGAAUAAAAAAUAGCGUUAUUAAAUAUCUUGAUCUUGUUUAAUUAGUAUCAUGUGUUGGUGCCUCUUACUUAUAUCUUUCUACCACAAUUAUUAGUAUUGGACCAUUUUUCAAUUUAAAACAGAAAGAUAAAAAUACGGAUAAUCAAAAGCACAAAUGCUCAUUUAUUUUCAAUCUUUUUUUAGUACCAAAAUGCUCAUUUAUUUGCUUCAUCCAGAAAGGAAAAAAGAAAAAGGAGAAGGAAAAAAAUGGUUGCCAGCCAGCCAGCUCACAAAUCACAAUGCCGAAAAAACAUAUAAAGGGAACAGAUUUACCCUCUACUAAUUGCCAGUUGUAUUGGGAUAAUUAUCUCUCAAGUUUGUGAUCACGGAUAAGCUAACAAGACAGCCUUUAAAUCCCUUAAUUAUCAUUAGUUUUACAUAAUAAUUAUUAUGUACUCCUAUAUUAUACGAUUUAUUUACGGAGAUCGGAAUUUAGAUUCGCUGCUUCGAUUGUCCUCGAUUGUGAACUAUUUGUUUAAUUAAUUUAUUUAAUAUACAUUAUGCUUUUUUUCGAGGGUAAUUACAGGAUGAAAUUAAUUAAUUUCUGUUCUCCAGAAGAAUAAUAAGAAGAAGGGGAAAAAAACAACCUUAGGAGUGGGGUUAGCCAAUCAAGAAAUGAGAGAGAUAAUGAUAAAGUGACAGGAAGGGUGACGGAAACAAGCAAAGCGAGGCGCGCCACGUAGCGAGUGGAAACACGCACCACAAUGCACACCACGUGGUAAGAGCACUCCUCCACGCGCUCCCACUCUCUCUCUAUAUAUAUAAGAGAAAAAUAAAAACGUCUCCUCUCACCGGACGGACUCUGUUUUCUUCUGCUUUUCUUUCUCAACCGUUCCUUUUCCUCUCCCAAUCGCCUCACUUGCCUUCUUCCAAUUCUCUUCUUCUUCUUCUUGGAUUUUUUCCCCCUCUUUAUAUUUACACCUGUACGGUGGCCCUCGAUUUCGUUUCUACCCGUCCAAAAUCCGCCGGCGACUCUGCUUUCCUUGGCGAGAUAUGGCUGGUACGGCGGGGGAGAUCAUGCUGUUCGGAGUCAGAGUGGUGGUUGAUUCGAUGAGGAAGAGCGUCAGUCUCAACAAUCUCUCGCAGUACGAGCAGCCUUCUGCUCUUGUUCAGGCGAAUGACGGCGGCGUCGGAGUCGACAACAAGGAAGGGGAGAAGGAUACUCAUAACGAUAUCAAGGAAGACGCCGUCGUCGCUGCUGGUUACGGCUCCGCCGACGACGCCGUUCAUCACUCCUCUUCUGUUUCUCGCUCCGAGCGCAAGCGAGGGGUGCCGUGGACAGAGGAGGAGCACAAGCUGUUCCUGAUUGGAUUGCAGAAGGUAGGGAAGGGUGAUUGGAGAGGAAUCUCUCGCAAUUUCGUCAAGACAAGGACUCCUACUCAGGUAGCCAGUCACGCUCAGAAGUACUUCCUCCGGCGACUCAACAUCAAUCGCCGCCGCCGCAGAUCUAGCCUCUUUGACAUCACUACUGAUACGGUCGCUGGGAUUUCCAUGGGAGGAGAAGAGCAACAGCAAGAGAAUAAGAAGAAGAGGACCACCACCACCACCACCACCAGCCAUAGCAGCAACUUCCCAGUGAUGUCAAAUUUCACCAUAUCCACCACCAAUUCAACAGCCGUACUGAAUACCACCCAGAUCCCUGUGGUGGAUAACUUAUCAUUAGGAGGAGGACAAGGCAACCAUCAAUGCAUUCCUGCUACAAACCUUAUCCGCCCUCCUGCCCUUGUCCAUCAAUCAUCCCUCUCAAGGACGAUAUCUGAUGUCGACUUGAAUCUAAACUCGUCUCCGGCUGCUGCUGCUGCUGAUCCAUUGCCAUUGUCACUGAAUCUCUCACUGCAUUCCAACGAGACGACGACGGCCAGGCACCCUGGGUUCCAGAUGAUGUCUAGCCUGAGCGGGGACAGCAGCAUCAGCGUAGCUUGAUUAUGGUGGAGGGGUAAAAGGGCUUACUGCUAACACCGGAGCAAGUUGCUGGUUAAUUAAGGGCUAAACAGCAUAAAAUUAGGUAAGGUUGAUGGUGGGAGGGGAGAUUCAGAGAGAAGUUUGAGGGGGGAUGUUUGGCUGUGGUUAUGACUGUUAAGGUAAAAUGGAUCUUAAUUGUGACUGGUGGUGAAGAAGAACAACUCUCAAAUCUUUUGUUCAAUUAUAAUGUACAGACCUGAAGGUGGAAGGAGGGGAAAUGGGAUUGGGUUGAUGAUGCUGUUUUCUUUUGUUUAAUUCCUAAUUUAGUUUGGUUCUGUUUGUUGCAACAAAAUUGACAACCCUCUCUGCUUCCCCCACCUUGUUAGAUUCCUUUUGGCUUAUUUUGUUUUUGUGUGUUUGUUGUGUAGUUUAGAUCGUGAUGUAGCUUUUGAGCAGUGACAGGCAGGCUUGAAUUAAAAGUAAGACAUAAUUUAGGGUUGAUAUAUGUACGUAUUAAUACUAAUAAGAAAGGAUUAGGAAAAUGGGUUGUAUUUUAAGAAAAUGGUUAUGGGUGUGGAGGUGAAUUGAAUGGGGACUAUGGCAGGGAAGGUUAAGGACAGAUGGUCCCAACUGGAUGAAGAUAAGGGAUAGGAUUAGGAUAUAAUUGUUGUGUUUGUGUAUCAGGUGGUGCUGUGGGUUAUUAAUAUGCUUAGUGCUGACUUCGCUCUAGGGCGGGCUGGCUGGCUGGCUGGCUGCUGCCAACAAUAAAAUAAAGGUGGUGUAGUGUUUUUUAAUUGACUUUUGGGGUUACUGAAGGGGAGCAGAUCGGAUGAGUAAUUUUGUGGUGAGUAACCAUGAGUAACCCGUCCACAUCAGCAUGACAUCAGCAUUCUCUCUCCUGGAAAGCCUUUAAUUUUCCCCUCUUUAAUUUUUGAAGGACGAUUUCUCACUCAUUUUAAGUCGAAAUUUAAUUUUUUUUUGCACAGUUAGAUCAAAUUAAUUGUGCUCUUCAAAAUGAUAUCCACUUUAAUAUAUUUUUCGGAUAAAAAAAAUUGAGCCAUUUUUUACCAGUCUAUACCAUAUGGUAUUGACUGGUAUUGAAAUAAAAGCAUACCUAUGGUUUGAAAAAAGUAUCAUGGUGGUAUGAACAAACCAAGACUGUAGGAUGCUUGAAUACAUGAUAGUAGAAAUAUAUUAAUUGUCAUUUACGACUUUUAAUAUUGUAUACCACAAGAUACCACCCCGUACCAGGGUGAUAUUGUAUGGUAUUGUGUGGUAUUUUUUGGUCAUGUAAUUUGUUCAUCCAUAAAUUUGUAGAUCCAAUAGAUCAUAAUGAACUCGUCCCUUCUGCGCAAACGUUUUCAAAAACGAAUUAAAAACGAAGAAGAUACCAUACAAUACCACUCCGUACCAGAGUGGUAUUGUAUGGUAUUGUGUGGUAUUUUUUGGUCCUGUAAUUUGUUCACCCAGAAAUUUGUAGAUCCAAUAGAUCAUGAUGAACUCGUCCCUUCUGUGCAAACGUUUUCAAAAACGAAUUAAAAAUGAAGAAAAUACCAUAUGGUAUGCAGUUGGUACUGAGAGAGCAAAAUUUUUUGUUCUAAAAAAAUAUUGAAAAUUGAUCUCAUUUUGUAGAGCACGAUGAACUCGUUCCACCUGUGCAAAAAAAAUUAAAAUCCGAGUUAAAACGAAAAAGAUAUGAGCCGAUUAAGAAAGCUUAAGAAAAUAAAAAUGAUCUUUAAUUCUCCAUCCUUAGAUCUGAAUUUUCUAAAUGAAUGGUUCAGAUUUGGUUAUUGAUGGAUGCAUAACCCAUGGUUAUGCAUCCUAUCUUGAGCCUUAUUGAAGGGGCCUUAUGCAUAAUUUUUUCUUUUAUAUUUGGAAAUCCUUAAUCUGCUAGUUUUGUCAUUGUGUGGCCAGGUUGGGUUGGUCAACCUUCCUCUCUCAUUUUCUGGGCACAAUUAGUGAAAUGCUGAUUGCUGAAAGCCUGGAAUAGUCGGAGAUGGCUCAAGAUAGGGUGCAUAACCAUGGGUUAUGCAUCCAUCAAUAACCAAAUCUGGACCCUUUAUUUAGAAAAUCCAGAUCUAAGGAUGGAAAAUUAAGGACCAUUUUUAUGUUUCCUAGCUUUCUUAAUCGGCUCAUAUCUUUUACGUUUUAACUCGGAUUUUAAUUUUUUUUGCACAUAUGGAACGAGUUCAUCGUGCUCUACCAAAUGAGAAUAAUUUUCAAUAUUUUUUUAGAAAAAAAAAAUUCUGGCCUCUCGGUACCAACUGCAUACCAUAUGGUAUCUUCUUCGUUUUUAAUUCGUUUUUGAAAAAGUUUGCACAGAAGGGACGAGUUCAUCAUGAUCUAUUGGAUCUACAAAUUUCUGGGUGAACAAAUUACAGGACCAAAAAAUACCACACAAUACCAUACAAUACCACCCUGGUACGGGGUGGUAUUGUAUGGUAUCUUCUUCGUUUUUAAUUCGUUUUUGAAAACGUUUGCACAGAAAGGACGAGUUCAUCAUGAUCUAUUGGAUCUACAAAUUUCUGAGUGAACAAAUUACAGGACCAAAAAAUACCACACAAUACCAUACAAUACCACCCUGGUACGGGGUGGUAUUGUAUGGUAUACAAUGUUAAAAGUCGUAAAUGACAAUUAAUAUACUUCUACUAUCAUGCAUUCAACCAUCCUACAGUCUUGGUUUGUUCAUACCACCAUGAUAUGUUUUUCAAACCACAUGUAUGCUUUUAUUUCAAUACCAGUCAAUACCAUAUGGUAUAGACUGGUAAAAAAUGGCUCAAUUUUAUUUGUUCGAAAAAUAUAUUAAAGUGGAUAUUAUUUUGAAGAGCAGAAUUAAUCUGAUCUAACUGUGCAAAAAAAAUUAAAUUUCGACUUAAAAUGAGUGAGAAAUCGUCCGUCAAAGAUUAAAGAGGGGAAAAUUAAAGGCUUUCCAGGAGAGAGAGGAUGCUGAUGUGGGCUGGUUACUCAUGGUUACUCACCAUAAGGUUACUGACCUGAUCCGUUCCCGUCGGGGAUAGUAAUUUCCGGAAAGGAUAGUUGCUGAAUAAGUAACCAUCCCAUGGCUAUCAAACCGACCCGUUGGCCCGGUCGACCAACCGGAUUGAGGGGUAAGAGUCUGAUUUUGUCUGGAUAUUUGAAAAAAGUCAUUGUAUGAUUAAUACUUUUAUAAAUUAUAUCAAAUUUCAUCUAACAUAUGAGUAAUAAAAUAGAACUCCAACAUAUAGUGGAAAUUCAAACACAUUCAUAUAACAUCAUUCCAAUGUUCGACUUAGAAUUCCAACGGUAAGGUUAGACGAAAGGAAACACAUGAAGAAAAACGCCAUCCACAAAUUAAAGGGAAAACUAGGUUGUGUGACUUUUAACUCGAUAACCUACUUGCGGGUCUACCGGUGAGUGUGUGGUGCUUGUUUUUUUUUUUCAUUGCGUCCGGGCAGUGGCGGACCCAGGAAUUUGUCAUAGGAGUGUCCUCUUUUAAAAAAUAAAUUAAAUAAAAAUAAUUAAUAAAAAUAAAAUUGUAAAUAUAAAUAUAAAAAUACCUUACUCGUACAGGUUAAAAAAUUCAUGAUGUGUUUUCAUAUUCGAAAAUAAUUGUAGAAUAUACUUGGUGUCUAUAGUGUUAAAAAAUUUGUCUCUAUAUACACUACUAGACAAUCAUUCACGAACUUAUCGCAUAUUCGAUUUGUAUACUUGUUCUUGAUGUAACCCAAAGCUGAAAGACUCUUUCAACACUUGUCGUACAAUCAUAAAAUCAAUACAAAUUAAGGGUAGUUUGAAAUUAGUUUAAUUGUUAGGUUUUUAAAAUAAUUAGAGACAGGGAAUGUCAUUUUACUAUUAUACAUUGUUCAAAAUCGAACAACAAAUAAGUUUAGCUCAACAGAAAUUAAGUUUAUUAAUAAUAAUAGUGUUCUAGAUUUGAAUUAUCCAACCUACCACUUAUAUUCCUAUACACAAAUGACAGUAGGAUAAUCAUUUUUCACAUUUAAGGGGUGUCCCUCACUAUCAAUUAUAUUUUUUUUGUUCAUACGUAAAUUACCACCGGGGGUUGGAUAAUCGUUUUCCCAAAAUAUAGGGGUGUCCGGGGACACCCCUAAAUCCCCUUGGGUCCGCCCCUGCGUCCGGGUUUCCGAAUCAACUUACAUAUCGACACGCGGGUUGACAACCUUGAACCAUCCUCAAAAACCACAACCCGUAUAUUAUUAUCAUCAUUUAUAUUUUCGCAAAACAGAAGAUUACCUUUGAUCAUUGACAUCGCUACGUAUUUAAACUGAAGUACACGUUGAUGGCAAAGUCAAUCAUUCCUUGUUAGUUGGCUUAAAUUAGUGUUCUGGUUAAACUUCGAUCUUGUUUAGAGGUGACAAUUGGAUUGGAUUGAUAGAUUGGUGAUUGAAUUGGUGUAUCUAUAGAUCAAGUGGAUUAGAUCAAAUGGAUUGGUAGAUUCAUGGAUUGGAUCAAGUGAAUUGGUGGAUUGAUCCAUUAAUCCAAAUGGCAUCCAAAUCUUGGACCAUUAUAUAAAAUUUGAAAAGUAUAUGUACUAAAAUGUCAUAAUAAAAAAUUUUAAGUACCAAAACGUAAUUUCCCAAUGAUAUUUUUGCAUAAAAAAUAAAAUUGAAGGUACCAAAAUGUAAAAUAUGAAAAAUAUAGGUACUAAAAUGUAAUUUAUUAUUUGGAUCCAUGGAUCAAUCCAUAAAUUCACCAAUCCGAUUGGAUUUAAAUAAAAUGGAUUGAAUUUA